AUGGCGUCCCUGAUUGUGCCUGGGAAGAGUCCGACGCGGAAGAAAUCCGGGCCAUUCGGUUCCCGGCGGAGCAGCGCCAUCGGCAUUGAGAACAUCCAGGAAGUGCAGGAGAAAAGGGAGAGCCCGACGGGCAGUGCGAAGACGCCGGACAGCAGCCCCACCAGCCAGGAGCCAAAGUCCGGGACCUCCUCCAAUCAGAGCUCGCCAGAGAUGCCCACCACCAAGAACAGGCCAGAUCCGGUGAUGCCCAAGGUGGAAGCCGGGCACGAAUCCUCCCGCUCUUCUUCCAGCGCCAGCAGCUUUGGCAGCAUGGUGGAGGACGCCGAAGGCUGUCGGGAUGAUGCAAGCGGGGAGAGCCAGUUCCCCUCGACGCAUUCCCACAAGCGCGAUUCCUUCGUCUACAGCACGUGGCUGGACGACAGCGCCAGCACACCCAGCGGGGGCAGCUCUCCAGGCCCCUCGCGCUCCCCCCAGCCGGACCCCAGGAAGCCCACGGACCCGCCUUGCCCAGAGAUCCAGAUCCAGCUCGAACACUCGGACCAAGAGCCCCCCCACCUGAGCUGCUAACCUCCCUGCUGUCUCGUGGAUGUGCCUCUUGAGCAGGUCAGACCAGGGGUCCCCCAGGAUCUUCCCUGGAGGGUUAACCCCCCCCCAUCCCCGAGCCUCUGGC